AUGACAAUGAUAUCCAAAGUUUCUUCUCCAUUAAGCACCUGUCCAUCUUCACUCCAGCUUCUUCCUCUGCUCUUACUCCUGCGGCUAAGUGGAUAUUCCGCUGCACCUUCCGGCCCAGAAUCAGACACAUGCUCCACGCUGGUCCAGAACCGUUUCUUUGGAUUCUUCUUUUCCUCCUUUGUCUUUCCAAAUGCACCUUGCUCCUGGACCCUGCAGAACCCUGACCCAAGGCGCUACACAAUCUUCAUCAAAGUCACCAAGCCUACCGAAGACUGUGUGCCUAGGCAGCAUCGCACCUUCCAAUACAACUCCUUCCUGGAGACCACACGUACCUACCUCGGCAUGGAGAGCUUUGAUGAGGUGGUCAAACUGUGUGACAGCUCCACACAUAUGGCUUUUUUGGAAGCAGGAAAGCAAUUCCUGCAGAUCCGGAAGGGACCAUCUGGAACUGGUUCAGAUCCAGAUGAGGGGAAUGGGGAGUUCAAGGUGGAGUACUUGGUAGUGGGCAAGCGAAACCCCAGCAUGGCUGCCUGCCAGCUAUUGUGCCAGUGGUUGGAGGACUGCUUGACCUACAGCACUUCUAACCGACCCUGUGGCAUCAUGCAGAUUCCCUGCCAGUGCUCAGAUUCUUCUUUACCUGACAAAGAGGCAAAUGGAUGUUACAGAGAUGGAAUCUAUCUAGAGAACUGUUUUCCUGCUGUGAAGGAGGCAGCAUCGGACAAAGACACCAACGGAGGCUGGAGUAACUGGGGAAAAUGGAGCGAAUGCAGCAGCGAGUGUGGUGGAGGUGUUCAGACGCGCACACGGGUGUGUCAGUCACCCCCAGAGGAAGUGCACCUAUGUGCUGGGGUGCUGGAGGAGGGUCAACCCUGCAACCCACAAUCCUGCACUGGCUACAGCCAGUACUUGUCUAAGACCAAGGUUUUAAGCACGCUGAAGUAUACAGGAAUGGAAGACACCAACACAGGCAAAGGCCGAUAUGGCUCUCGAAGCCAAUCUCUGCGAAUGCUGGAGAGCCGCAAACGAGAGGAUGUGGACAAGAGCCGAAGUGGACAGCUGACUUCAGAAACAGUGCACGGCGCGUGGGAUGAGUGGUCUCCAUGGAGUCUGUGUUCAUCCACCUGCGGCCGUGGAUACAGGGACCGGACAAGAACUUGCAAGCCGCCACAGUUUGGAGGUGACGAGUGCGCUGGCCCAGAGAAGCAGACAAAAUUCUGCAACAUUGCCGUCUGCCCAGUGGAUGGCGUGUGGAAUGAGUGGUCCAGUUGGAGCUCCUGCUCAGUUUCCUGUUCAAAUGGGACAAUGCAGCGCACUCGUGAGUGUAACGGUCCAUCCUAUGGUGGCUCAGAAUGUCAAGGUGAGUGGCUCCAGGCACGAGAGUGCUUCUUGAGGGAAUGUCCCGUGGAUGGACGAUGGCAGCAGUGGAGCUCCUGGACAAGCUGCACUAAAACGUGUGGUGGGGGAAGCCAACAGAGGCAGAGGAUGUGCUAUGGGCCUUUCUUUGGUGGAGAGCUUUGUCCGGGAGACCGCGAGGAAGUACGCAGUUGCAAUGAGAAGAGAUGCCCAGAGCCUCAUGAAAUAUGUGAUGAGGAUAACUUCUCAAAUGUAAUGUGGAAGAGAACUCCUGCUGGAGACACUGCAGCCGUACGCUGCCCACCCAAUGCUGCAGGGCUCAUCCUUCGCCGCUGCUCUCUAGAUGAUGAGGGCAUUGCAUAUUGGGAGAACCCCACUUACACGAAGUGCAUCUCUAAUGACUAUCGCAGCAUCCAAACGCUGACACGUGACCACUUAUCCAAGGCGCAGAGGGGGCUUGUAGGAGAUGGUGUUUCAGAGGUAAUGACCAAGCUGAGGGAGACAUCCAGUGAGGGCACAAGCUACAGUGGAGAUCUGCUGGCUAUAGUGGACAUCUUGAAGAACAUGACAGAAAUAUUUAGAAGGUCCUACUACAGCCCCAGCAUUGCUGAUGUGAAGAACUUUGUUCAGUCAGUCAGUAACCUUCUAAUGGAAGAAAAUAGAGAGAGAUGGGAAGAAACACAACUGGUUGGACCUAAUAUUAAGGAGCUGUUUCAAUUGGUGGAGGACUUUGUCGAUGUCAUCAGCCUUCGGAUGAAGGACUUUCAGGACACCUAUGAGGUCACCGAUAACCUUGUGCUGAGCAUUCACAAGCGGCCUGUGACGGGCACAGCUGAUAUCACUUUUCCAAUGAAAGGCUGGAGAGGGAUGGUGGAUUGGGCCCGCAACUCAGAGGACAAGGUCACUGUCCCAAAGAACAUUGUUGCCUCUGGUAAUCCAGCUGAAGAUGAGUCGUCAGCGUUUGUGACUGGCAUCGUGCUCUAUCGAAACCUGGGCAGCAUACUGUCUCUUCACAGAAACAGCACAGUUAUAAACUCAAAGGUGAUCUCUGUGACGAUCAAGCCCACUCCCAGCUCCCUCUCGGCCCCUGUCGAGAUCGAGUUCUCGCACCUGUACAAUGGCACAACCAACCAAACUUGCAUUUCUUGGGAUGAAACUGACAGCUGGUCUCCUCUGGGCUGGUGGUCGGCGCGCGCCUGCAGAGCUGUGCCCGUGCACGCCUUCAGGACCAAGUGCGUGUGUGAGCGUCUCUCCGCUUUCGCCAUCUUGGCCCGCCUGAGUCCCGACGCGAGCAUGGAUCCAUCCAAGAGCCAGCUUCCGUCUGUGACACUGAUUGUGGGCUGUGGCGUCUCCUCGCUCACGCUGCUGCUCCUCAUCAUCAUCUACGUCUCAGUGUGGAGGUACAUUCGCUCUGAACGUUCUGUCAUCCUCAUCAACUUCUGCCUGUCCAUCAUCUCGUCUAAUGCGCUCAUACUCAUUGGACAGACUCAGACACGCAACAAGGUGGCGUGCACUCUUGUGGCUGCUUUCCUGCACUUCUUCUUUCUUUCCUCCUUCUGUUGGGUUCUGACAGAGGCCUGGCAGUCUUAUAUGGCUGUCACUGGUCGUUUGAAAAACCGCAUCAUACGCAAACGCUUCCUAUGUCUGGGUUGGGGGUUACCUGCUCUUGUUGUGGCAAUCUCGGUUGGAUUUACCAAGGCAAAGGGAUAUGGAACAGUUAACUACUGCUGGUUGUCUCUGGAAGGAGGGCUCUUGUAUGCGUUUGUGGGACCAGCUGCAGCUGUAGUCCUGGUUAACAUGGUUAUCGGGAUUCUGGUUUUUAACAAACUGGUGUCCAAAGACGGCAUUACUGAUAUGAAACUCAAGGAGAGGGCUGGUCAGAUGACAGUGCCACUGUACAAUAUGACGCUCAAAUGUGCCAAGUGCGGAGUUAUCUCGUCGGCCGACCUUUCCACCACAGCUACCAGUAACGCCAUGGCGUCACUGUGGAGCUCAUGUGUGGUUCUGCCGCUGUUAGCACUUACCUGGAUGUCUGCAGUGCUGGCCAUUACUGACCGCCGAUCAGCUUUAUUUCAGAUCCUUUUUGCCAUCUUCGACUCACUUGAGGGUUUUGUGAUUGUCAUGGUGCAUUGCAUCCUGCGCAGAGAGGUUCAGGAGGCGGUGAAAUGUCGAGUAGUUGAUCGACAAGAAGAUGGUAAUGGAGACUCAGGUGGAUCUUUCCAGAAUGGUCAUGCUCAGCUCAUGACUGACUUUGAGAAGGAUGUGGACAUGGCUUGCAGAUCAGGUCAUGGAAAACGCUCCUCCUUGCAGGGUGAGGAGAAGUUGGCACCUCAACAGCUAACAGUCCAGAAGGGUUCGAACUUCAACACGAUGCCCGCCAGCAUGGCCAAAAUGCAUCUGCAAAACGUGGCUGAAUUCGGCAGCCACACGCUCACACUGCGCCGCGACAAGGGAACCACAGCGGGCAUUAGCACCGAGUUGCCAGGUGCCAAGGCUAUCUAUGUGUGUGAUGGAGAGCUUUUCAAGCAGCUGGAGGGGGACAGCGCCGGUUCCGAGGGAGGAGGGGUGAGCCAAGGCUACAACAACAACACCAUUACUGCCACCACCCUCAGGACAACCAAGCCAAACAAAGAGGACUCCAAGUACAACAUCAGCAUUGAGCACGUGCCCCAGACCAGGCUUAUCCAUCUUAGUAACACAGCUGGCACAGAGCCUGUUCCAGGCUUCGGGCUAAAGAACUUUCCUGCUGAGCGGGUAAACAUGUUAGGCUCAGAGAAGGACUCUCCCUUACAAAACAGCGAGAUUCACAACACUGGAUGUGAGCCAGGGGACUCUGGGAAUUCAGGCGUGAUGUCGAAGAGUGAGACCAUCUCUACGCUAUCCAUGAGCUCCCUAGAGAGACGAAAAUCACGCUACGCAGAGUUGGAUUUUGAGAAAAUCAUGCACACACGGAAGCGUCACCAGGACAUGUUCCAGGACCUGAACAGAAAACUGCAGCACGCUGAGAAGGAGAGAGAGUCUCCGCCUGUGGACAGCAAGCCAGGCAAGAGAUGGAGUGUGUCGUCUGGAGGCAGCGAUAAGACCAAUCUUAGUGAUAAACAGCAAACACCCAGCAAGCGGGUAUGGGAGGGCAUCAGGAAGACUCAUUCACCUCCUUCAUGGGUGAGGAAGGAGCUGGAGCCACUGCAGGCUUCUCCUCUAGAACUGCAGGCUGUCGAAUGGGAAAAGACCAGUGCCACCAUUCCACUGGUGGGCCAGGAGAUUAUGGACCUGCAGACAGAGGUCUGAACGGCCUGCAGAUCUGCACAGAGGCAUAAAACAAAAAAACUCCACUGUCAGGGAAAAGAGAACGAUAUGCAGAGAGAGUGAGUUGUGAGAUGUGUGUAAGAGGAAUACGGAAGGAAAGAAUGCAGAAUGAAACAGGGCGAUGUACAAUUUGUUUUAUUUUGAUGCUGGAAUGUCAAUCAUAAAUAACAAUAAGGGAACACGGCUUGGACAUGCUGCCGUAUGAACAGCCUGGAAUUACCCAGAUUGGGAAGCAGAUUGGUGCAGCAAUGGCAUUAGGGGUGCUUUAUCAUUUCACAGGAGCUUGAGAAAUGGCUGCCUAAGGUGGUGAACAAUAUCCAGACUGGAAGUGUGAAGAGCCUGAACGUACAGCUCUUAGUUUUUGACACCUCUUGGGACACACUUGCACACAUCUGCACAAAUAUACCUUGCAGACAGCAAACAGAAAUUGGGAAGUUAGUAGACACUGGAAAACCUCAUUUUAAAACCAACAUACCAUGUCUUUAUUAUUUAAUUGUGUAUUAUUAUUAUUGUUAUUAUUAUUAUUCUACUCAAGUCUGUGCUGCUUCUCCUGUGAUGGGCGGCAUCUUCAUUGUUGAACUCCACUGACGAAAGCCAUCUAAUAAUGACUGUUAAUGAGAGGUUGACCCAUGCCAUCCCAGCAUAACGAGGAUUCUACCACACAACCCUCCCAAGCCAAGGCCACCCAUAUCAGUGCCACCCAAAACCCAGAAUGUGCCAGCCAACCAUCCACCGACCAUCUGCGGAGGCUUCUGUGCAAGUCAACAACAGCAAAGUCAGAGACAAUCUGUCCUUCAGUGACCUUCUACAUGGACUGUCAGUUCGACAGAUAGAAGAAGGACAUAUCCUGCCGCUCUCAGGCACAUCGCCCAUCUGUGGUCGCGCUGUGCCCGUGGCAUGAAACCGUGAUGCUAUUUGCGAUGCCUUGACACACUUCAUGACAGAACUGUUGAAGGUGUCGAUGACAGGAAGAAAGAGGAAGUGAGAUAAGCACAGAGCACUCAGAUGUUCUGUGGGGAAUAAAUUAUACACUAUACAUUAUUGUAUCUUAUAAAUAGAUAUGAAGAGUAUAUGAGUUUGCAGAGUAUAUGUGGUUGAACGUUGGUUGCACACAGAGAAAGCACAAGGCUCACUCCUCAGAGUCCUGAUGUACAGCGUUGUAAUUAUUUCCAAAAGAGUUCUACACAAUGAAUUUUAGCCUAUAAAUAUCUUUCUUACUGUGCUUGGGGAAUAUUAUUCUUAUUAUAAAAAUCAUUGCAAUUAUAAAAUCCCCAAAUCUCGUCAGGUUACUGGACUUAAUGAGUGUUCUGUAACUUCUUGUAACAGUGUGUGUUUUAAUAUCACUGACUGUCACUCCAGAUGUGUAGUAUCUGACCCCCCCUUCACUUCCCCCAUCCCCUCUCCACAAUCUUUUUUAGUUCCCUGGGUCUUUUGUUAAUGUACAGUUUUCAGAGCACAAAAUGAAUGUGUCAUAUUUCUAAUAAAAUGUCUAUAUAAUCAUU